AUGGCCGCCGUCGCCCCUCGGAAAUGCAGCGGAGUGGACUGCGCCAACAACGCAGGCACCCUACAAUGUCCGACGUGCCUGAAGAUGGGCACUGACAGUUUCUUCUGCGCGCAAGACUGUUUCAAGCGGAGUUGGACCGAACAUAAGACUAUCCAUAAGAAGAGUAAUUUCCUCACCAAUCUAUUCCCUCCGAAGGUAGUUUCUGAACCUGACCCAGCUACCGGCCACUUCAACCCCUUUCCCACGUUCAACUUUGCCGGUUCUUUGCGUCCUCUCUACCCACUUUCGGCCACCCGGACCGUUCCCAAGUCCAUCCCCUACCCCGAUUAUGCCCGAGAUGGCAUUCCUCGAUCGGAGCAGAAGCUGUUCGGUCAGCAUAGCAUCAAGAUCUUGAACAAGGAAGAGCAGGAGGGAAUGCGCAAAGUUUGCCGCUUGGCCCGCGAGGUCUUGGACAUUGCAGCUCGCGCAUUGAAGCCCGGCGUGACAACCGACUAUAUUGAUGAGGUGGUCCAUAAGGCUUGUCUCGAGCGCGAGUCUUACCCUUCACCGCUCAAUUACAUGCACUUCCCCAAGUCUGUCUGUACCUCAGUCAAUGAGACCAUCUGUCACGGAAUUCCUGACCAACGGCCGCUGGAGGAUGGAGACAUCGUCAACAUUGACGUCACCCUUUACCACAAAGGAUUCCACGGCGAUAUCAAUGAAACCUACUACGUGGGAGAUAAGGCUCGCGCCAACCCCGAAGCGGUCCGAGUGGUGGAGACUGCCCGUGAAUGUUUGGAUAAGUCAAUCGACUUGGUCAAGCCUGGCAUGCUGUUCCGGGACCCUGGAAAUGUGAUCGAGAAACACGCCAAGUCCCGGAACUGCAGUGUAGUCAAGACCUACUGUGGUCAUGGUAUCAACCAGCUUUUCCACUGCGCUCCGAACGUCCCUCACUACGGCAAGAAUAAGGCUGUCGGCACCGCCAAGCCCGGCAUGUGCUUCACAAUCGAGCCCAUGAUCAACAUUGGCACACAUCGGGAUCGCACUUGGCCCGAUGACUGGACCAGCACCACUGCCGACGGAACUUUGUCGGCCCAAUUCGAGCACACUCUGCUAGUGACGGAAGAUGGAGUGGAGGUUCUCACAGCCCGAUUCCCCGACUCCCCGGGUGGGCCAAUCCCCAUACCCGAGUAA